GGGAGAGAGAUACAGAGGACUGCGAGAGAGGAGAGAGGGAGAGAGCUGGCACCCCGACACAGAGCCAUGAGUGUGACUCUGACCUCCUGCCUUCAGGAUAACACCAGCUUCAGAGAAGAUGCCCCUCGCCCCCCAGUGCCGGGAGAGGAAGGGGUGGAGUGUCACAUCUCCCCCUCCCACCAUCGCACCAAGGGCCCCAAGGCUGUGACUUGCAACCCGAGGAGGGAUGAUGAUCUGGGGGAGCCCGAGGGCAGCGCCUCCCCAGAUUCCCCUCUCACCCGAUGGACCAAAUCCCUCCAUUUCCUGCUGGGAGACCAGGACGGAGCUCACCUCUUUCGGAUGUUCCUGGACCGGGAAAAGUGCGUGGACACGUUGGACUUCUGGUUCGCCUGCAACGGCUUCAGGCAGAUGGACUUAGGAGAUCCCAAGACUGUCAGGGUGGCCAAAGCCAUCCACAAGCGCUACGUGGAGAACAACUGUGUGGUGUCCCGGCAGCUGAAGCCGGCCACCAAAACCUACAUCAGGGACUCCAUCAAGAGGCUGCACAUCGACUCAGCCAUGUUCAACCAGGCUCAGACCGAGAUCCAGAGCCAGAUGGAGGAGAACUCCUACCAGAUGUUUCUGAGCUCAGAUAUCUACCUGGAGUAUGUGCGGACCGGGGGGGAGAGCUCGCCCUUUGCGGGCAGCGCUGAGCUGGGCGGCAUGAGGUUGGUGUGCGGGUAUCUGCCCACCCUCAACGAGGAGGAGGAAUGGCAUUGCUCUGAGCUCAAGAACAAGAAGCUGCCCGCGGGCUGCGGCCUCCCGGCUGCCCGGUGCACGGAGGGGAGCGGUGGGAAGGGCUACAGAUGCUAUGGGAGGAACGGUCCCGCCAGCCCCUACCACGUUAACGUUAACUCGGGCCUGUCUCUGGCUCCCACCGGCAGCGCUAACGACAGCGAGGUCUCCAGCGAUGCCAUGACCGACGACACCAUGUCAAUGACCGACAGCAGUGUGGAUGGGAUCCCUCCGUACCGGCUAAAGAAACAGCAGCAACGGGACAUCCACCGCAGCGUCAGGGCCAACGGCCAAGUCGCACUACCUCACUUUCCCAGAACACAUCGCCUUCCCAAGGAAAUGACACCUGUGGAGCCGGCGGCCUUUGCCGGGGAGCUGAUCGCUCGGCUCCGAAAACUCAAGGAGGAGAGAGACUCACUGGAGAGCCUGGAGGAGAGGCUACAGCAGCUGAAAGCGGAGGAGCUGGAAGUCCCCGCGCUGGCAGUUGUGCCGGUGAAGGUGCCGAGUGAGGGUGAAAUGCCUCCGUCGCACCCUCCGCACUCGCUUCCACUGCUGGGGGCCGGCAGCCAUGAGGAAGACCCUCAGGCCAUCCUGGACGACCACCUGAGCCGCGUGCUGAAGACCCCCGGCUGCCAGUCGCCGGGUGUGGCCAAGCACUCGCCCCGCUCUCGAUCCCCGGACCCCCCGCGGACCCUCAAACCCCAGCCUGGACCCCCGGCCCGAGGCUUCACCGGGAAACCAGUCGGCAAGUCCGUCCAUCACCAUUACGUCCAUCACCACGCUGGCCCCAAGAGCAAAGAGCAGAUCGAGGCCGAGGCAGCUCAGAGGGUCCAGUGUCUGUGCCCGGCCUCCGCAGAUUACUGCUCCUUCCUCAAGUGCCAACCGCACCCCAAGACCAUGGACAACAGCCACCAGCAGGGGGAGCCAUUCGGGAGCAGGAGUGGGUCACUAGCCCGGAGAUGCACGCGGAGCGUGGAGCUGAGCGAGGCUCCCCCCAGCCCCCAGCCCCCCGGCGAGGAGAGCGACCGAGCACACAACGUGUGGCAGUGGGUCCUGGAGAGCGAGAGGCCGUCCGGCAAACACAGAGCUCACAGCGCCCAGGUGACGAAGCGAAGCAGCGUGCCGGACGUGGGGAGAGCAGUGUGCGGGGGCCGGCAGCACGGUAACGGUGCCCACCAGCGGGCGGUGGUCCUGCCCUGUCACCCCUUCAUCCAGGACCCCGCCAUGCCCCCCCUGCCCCCGCCAAACACCCUGGCCCAGCUCGAGGAAGCCCGGCGACGGCUGGAGGAGGACAGGAAAAGCUCCAAAGUCCAGAGACAGAGACACUCGUCAGCGACGCUGCAGCGAGACCGAAGCCACGGAGUCCUGGUGCCGGGAGGGAACCCGUCCCCAGCCAACACCGCGCUCACACCGUUCACUGACGAGUGUAAAGCACCAAAGAAGCAGCUGCUCACUCACCUGCCGCUGCCCAGUGAGCUGAUCGUCACCUACUUUUUCUGUGGCGAGGACAUUCCCUACAGGAGGAUGAUGAAGGGCAACAGCCUGACGUUGGGUCACUUUAAGGAACAACUUCGGAGGAAAGGGAACUACAGGUACUAUUUCAAACGAGCGAGUGAUGAGUUUGACUGUGGAGCGGUGUUUGAGGAGAUUUGGAGCGACGAAGCCAAACUGCCCAUGUACCACGGGAAGAUCCUAGGAAAAGUGGAGCGGUUCGAUUAAAUUGUUUAUAUAUAAAAUAUAUAUAUAUAUAUUCAGGACAAAGUACAACCGAUGUGGAGAUAGAAGGAAAGUAAGCAAGUGACUGAACUUGGACUCAGACACAAGCAGCAACUUUGCCUCUUGCCGACUUCACGUCUCAGCAAGCGGUGGGUGGGUGAAGAGGGAAUCGGGGGGGAUUGAAGACCAUUGGAUUGGGCUGUUCGCUAUUUAAAAGAUCUCUUGUGUACAAAGAUACUUCCCUACGGUACUCCACUCACGUACAUCACCACAUGUUUAUAGAUCCCUCUCAGCUCGGUAACCUUACGCCCUGAUAUUUAUUGAAUGUGUUGCUAUCUCCUGUGUCCAGUCUGGAUGUGUUGUGGGGCGUGUAGGUGUGAACCAUGUCUGUCAUUGAGUCAGUUUGUAAGAACAGCUCCUCCUUCCCAUCUCCUUCCUCCCCCCCCCUUCUCCCGCUGUAGUCGUCCCAAUAACUCCCGUGAGGCUGGGUUGGCCUAGGCUGGUUGGGUUCGGAUGUUCAAUGCUAGGCUGGGUUGGGUUGUCCUUUGUUAGGCUGAGUUGGGUUGGGUUGUCCUAUUGCUGGGUUGGGUUGGGAGCUGUGGAUUUUCUGGCCACUCGCUCGCGUGCCGGGGACCAUUGUCUUAAUAACCUGUUGCUGCUUUUAUUUGUACGUGAACCACGACGUCUUAAUGGUCUUGCAAAAAAUGGCCACAGCGUUGAGCUGUGCUGAUCUUCCAUUUGCCAUUUCCUGUCGAGUCCAGUGCCUUUCAGGGCCAGAAAAUCCACAGAAAUCUCCGCCCCCCCCCCACCUCUCCCACACACACACACUCCUGUCCUCUCACCACCCAAUGCUUCGGAGAGGAAAUGGGAAGGGUCGAGGGGGGCGGGAGAACGGGAGCCUAUUGCCCCCAAUCAACUAACUGCUCCACCCCCCCUCAAUUGCGGUGUGAGAUUCAGUCUGGGAGCUUUGUCUGUCGGGCGCUAUUUCUCUUCGUAUCUGGGACGAGAUAUGAUGGGGGGGGGGGUCACAUGGGGGGGAAGGAAGUCCCAUUGAUCCCACCCCCCAAACAAAUGAAAUCUCACCAUGUUAACGGCGCUGUAUGAGGAGAUUCCCCAGGAAUGUGUUUGGGAGAUGAGCGUAGCCUGUAUGAUAGCUGUGUACAUAGUGAGAGUUUUAUACACUUAUCGCCAGUGUUAUUUAAACAGUACCUGUGCCUCCGCAUGGCGUUACUGCCGUGUUAUUAUCCUGACUUUAGGGUCUAAUCUUCCCUUUGUUACGAAGGGGUUUAUUGUAUAAAAAUAUUUUUAUGCUUUCUAUGAGUAUCGUAAUCAUGUUUCGCCAUGACCAUUCUGUUCGUUCGACCUUCUGUAAAUUAUGCAUCAUAAAGAGUUUUUUUUGAUUUAAGAAAAAAAUACUUGGUACAAUAAUUAUUCAGAGAUGUAACCUUUAUUAAAAAUUUAUAUUUUUCAAAUGAAA